AAACUGAACUCUUCCAUUCUCUGUUACUGUUGUUCUCUUUCCUAUUGGAAAGAAAGAUGGCCAUGGCGAUACCUCUAGUUCUGCUUCUGGCUUUCCUGGUGGUACCUUCAAAGACUGAUGAAAUCUUCGACGUUAGGCAGCAUCUCUCGACAGUUACAAGAUAUAGUGUUGCGAAAGAUGUUGCCGCCAAUGACUAUGUAGCUUCUACCAUUCCAGAUGGAUGCACUGCUAUCCACUUAAAUCUUGUGGCAAGGCAUGGAACUCGGUCUCCUACCAAGAACCGUAUGAGGGAGUUAGAUAACUUGGCCAAUCAUUUGGAAGUUCUUCUAAGAGAUGUGAAAGCUGAGGCAGAAAAAGGCAAUAUAUCUUUGCAGAAAAUCCCUGCUUGGUUAUGGGGGUGGCAGUCCCCUUGGAAAGGAAGGCAGAAGGGUGGAGAAUUGACCAGUAAAGGAGAAGAUGAGUUGUAUAAUCUUGCAGUCAGAAUCAGAGAAAGAUUUCCAAAUUUAUUUGAUGAAGAAUAUCACCAAGACACAUUUGUGAUUAAGGCAACCCAGGUUCCUCGGACUUCUGCUAGUGCUGUGGCAUUUGGUAUUGGGCUGUUUAAUGGAAGAGGAAGUCUUGGAGCAGGAAAGCUUUGUGCUUUUUCUGUAACCAGUGAGAGCCGUGCUAGCGAUAUAUUGCUAAGUUUUUUUAAUUGUUGUGAAAAUUACAAGGAAUUCAGGAAAAAUCAGGAGCCUGUGGUUGAGAAACUUAAGGAACCUAUCCUAGAUGAAAUUACGUCUGCAUUAGUGAGUCGCUACCAGCUGAAUUUCACAAGACAGGAUACUGCUUCACUCUGGUUUCUGUGCAAGCAGGAGGCAUCAUUGUUGGACAUAACUGCUCAAGCUUGUAGCCUUUUCAGCCCUUUUGAGAUUGUGAUUUUAAUGAACUGUUCUCCGUUUGUUGAAAGUCUAAUGCUUACAUUGGGAGAUACUGUGCAUGUACAGAUUGCUUUACUAGAGUGGACAGAUGAUCUGGAGGUGUUUAUACUGAAGGGUUAUGGUAAAUCAAUAAAUUAUUUGAUGGGAGUGCCACUACUUCAAGAUAUUGUUCAGUCCAUGGAGCAAGCUAUUAAGUCUAAAGAAGAAUACCUUAUUCCAGGCACUUAUGAGAAGGCAAGGCUUCGUUUUGCACAUGCUGAGACAGUGGUACCAUUCUCUUGUUUGCUAGGACUUUUUCUUGAGGGAUCUGAAUUUGAACAAAUACAGAGGGAGCAACCUUUGGAACUUCCUCCCAAACCCCCCCAGAAAAGAAACUGGAAGGGUAGCAUAAUGGCACCUUUUGCUGCCAACAAUAUGCUGGUUUUGCACAGCUGUCCGGACAACAAUUCUAGCAAGUACUUUGUGCAAGUACUGCACAAUGAAGUUCCAGUUCCUAUGCCGGGUUGUGAUAACAAGGAUUUCUGUCCAUUUGAAGUUUUCAAGGAAAGGAUUGUUAAUCCUCCUUUGAAGCAUGACUUUUAUUCAAUCUGUAGUGCAAAGUUAGAAGGUCAGGGGCCCAAACCAGUUACUGGUACGUUGACACAGUUAUUCAGUGGGUUGUUCUGGCAGGAUGGUGAAACACAGAAAAAUAAAGUCGAAUUGUAGUUAAUAUUUCUACGAAAGAGGGAGUUGUUAUGUUCUUUUUCCAUACUGGCAAUUUCUUAUUUGUAACCUGAGUUUCAGCUAAGGCCAGGCCUUUCUCCUAGCAAGUCUACUCUUUGAGGUUGAGAUCACAGCUGAGUUGGACUGUGCCUUCAGUCACAACUUGAGGUUGCAAGCAUGAUUCUGGAUUUCCCAUCAAAGUAAUUUCAACUACAGGAAGCAUAAUGCCUACCAUUGUUGUGAGGUAAGCAGUGACUUAAUUGAUGUGGUGCAAAGACUUUUGUUCAUGAUGCCCAGUUCUGAACUGUUGUUGAUCAAAUGUGAAUAUGUUUUUGUAUAUUUUCAUUUCAGUCAGUCCCAUGACAUUAAGUUCAUUAGUACAGCAUCUUAUACAAUUCAUUGAUGUGGUGCAAAGAUCUCAGCUGUGUUAUGCUUUU